CUCAUUAGCAAAAUAACCAACUAUAACAGAGUGCUCCACUGCUCCUAAAUUACUGGUAGCAGCCCGCCAUUUCCUUUUUCUUCUGUAACAAAAGGUCGUUAAAACACAAAGAGAUGAUCUGUGUCCAAGACUCCUCCUUGUCCCUGCCGGUUUGUGCUGUCUUGCCAACUCCUAUGGUCACUGUCACGCUAAACAAUGACCAUAGAAGUCGGCAAGGCAGCACAAUAACAGUUUUGGGAACAGGCUACCUCAUUCACUACCAUUGAAAUCAGGAAAGGCAAAAUGCACAGGACAAAAGUGCACUUAAUAUGUUAAGGUUAGCAGGUUGUAUGAUUUGGUGGCUGUGCCAGCUAGUGACCACUCUGCAGAACUGCCUCCAGAACAAGACUCAGGACAAAUAACGCUCUCCUUCCUGCCCUUUCUGCAUCUUGUCGAGGCCUCCUGCGUUGCCAGGACAACCAGAAGGGGCUGACCCCGUCCACGUGACAGAGCUCCUCUCUUCUCCUGCCUCCGGGUGUAGUGUGUGUUGUCUGCUGCCACUGUGACAGAUUUGGGGGAAAGAGAAAGUGGUCUGCUCUGGUCUUGCCACCAGAUAGUGGAGUUGGUCGUCUGGACCGAGAGAGCAGUCGGGCGUUGAGAGAUGGAGCUCUCUGCGGUCGGGGAACGCGUUUUCGCCGCGGAAGCCAUUCUGAAACGCCGCGUUCGCAAGUCUCGCCUAGAAUACCUAGUGAAAUGGAAAGGAUGGGCACUGAAACACAGUACCUGGGAACCAGAAGAGAAUAUCCUGGAUGACAGACUGAUCGCAGGAUUUGAACAGAAAGAGCGUGAGAGAGAACUCCACGGACCAAAGAAGCGGGGACCCAAACCCAAAAACCUUCCUGCCAAGGCACGUGGAGCCCAGAAGAGGGAGACCUCCACCCCUCGAGCUCCUCGCUCCACUUCUUCCUCUUCUCCUCGAGCCCCUCCAUCCUCCUUCCCCUCCGCCUCUCCGGCACCCUCCCCUAAACUCAACUCCCUGGCAGCGACACACAAGCUGAAGAAAGACAUUCGCCGCUGCACUAGUAUGUCCCGCCGCCCCUUACCUCGCCCCGACCCCCUGGCCUCUCCCGGAUCCUUCUCCGGCUCCAGUGGGUUCCCCUCGCGGCCCCCCGUCUCCCCCUUCUCAGAGACCGUCCGCAUCCUCAAUCGUCGCGUCAAACCGCGCGAGGUCAAACGGGGUCGCAUCAUCCUAAACCUCAAGGUCAUCGACAAACCAGGAAGUGGAGGCGGAGGAAGGGGCGGCGGGGGUAUCCGGAGGGCGCCAUCCGGCUCCAUGUCACUCCAAGGGGGUCGUCAGAACAUCCCCUCCCGUAAUAGGAUCAUAGGGAAGAGGAGUGGAGAGGCUCCGUACCGGCCCUUCCAGCCCAUGCUGGGGUUCCCCAUGUACGGGAAGCCGUUUGGUCUCCAGUGUGGCGGCCCCGGACCUCUACACCUUCCACACUCAGCUACAGGCUCCAGCACAGGGACCUCAGGGGCUAGGGACACCCAGCCACCCCCCUCUCCCUCCAGCUCCAGUGGAUCCACCACACCCGCCCAGAACCAUCCUACCCCUCCUGGACCCGCCACUGGGGCCUCUGGGUCGGCUCCCAACUUGAGCACCCAGGCUUCGGCCUCCUCUGCCCAGUCUACCCCUAGCCACCCCCCAGAGCUCCAGAAGAACCAGAACGCCGAACAAGGACCAAACCCCCUCCUCCCCUCCCUCUCCUUUGCUUCCGGAUCCUCCUCUUCCUCCUUUGAUGAAGAGGAGGAUGAUGCUGAUGCUCUGGACCUUUCCGCACCUCAGGAGGGGAAGAGGAAGCUUCGCCGUCGGCGCCGGCAGAAACGCCAGCCGCCCUCCGUCAGUACCGCUUCCCCUCCUCACCCCGCUGCCGCCAGCUCCUGCCCCUUGACCUCCAACCCUCAGAGGGUCCCCGCCGAGGGCGACCCCGACUGGCACCCGGAGAAGGUGGCGAGCAGCGCCAACGUGGUCGUGACCGACGUCACCACCAACCUCCUCACCGUCACUAUCAAAGAGUUCCCCUCCCCCUCAUCCCGCCCCUCCUCCCCCCAACCAAUACACCCAGAAAAUACCACCUCCUCACCCCAACUGAAGAACCCCCCACAACCCAAGCCAUAGGAAGAGAUCAAAGAAGUGGAGAUGAAUGAAUUAGCCUGGCUCCCUGAUGUGCUUUUGCUUUCUUGGCCAACUCCUGUGGUCAUUGUCUGGGACCAGGCUAGGGAGUAAUGCUGUAUUAAGAAGGUUAAAAAAAACUUCCAAUAAUAAUGAAAUUCAGGCCAUUUGAAUAUUGAAGAGCGUUAUUUUUUUGAACAGAACUAUAAAAAGCUAAGAGCAGGGCGUGCAAUAUACAUCUAUAAUAAUGCUGAUUGUCCAUCUUUAUGCAGCAUGAUUUCUCUUCUGAGGAUCAAUAAAGUUUAUUCAAUUCAUGUC